AUAAGUUUAUCCCCGUUCCCAACUCCCCAAUCCAAAUCAAACAGUUGAACCAGUUAACUGGAACUAGGGCACCUCCAUAACUGCCAAUAAAUUGUCUAGAAUUCGCUGCAAAUACCAGUUGGGCGUAACAGAGAAACGGAGCUGAAGAAGAGGGCUUAGCAUCAUAGAGCAAAUUAUUGUUCAACUGCGUUUUUAAUUAUAACCAAAAGUAGAAUUCAAUUUAAUUUACUUUCCUGAUCUGCUAUUCAAUUUUUUCCACUAGUUACGCCCUUUUAUCUCUCUUAAUUGUUAAUUAGAUCAAUUUUUUAUGUAUUUCAUUGUUAAUAACUGAAACUGGAUUUUUUUUUAUUUAUUUUUAAUUUUUUUGGUAGAGCAUGGAUCGGUACCAAAAGGUGGAGAAACCAAAAUUGGAAACACCGAUUAAUGAGAAUGAGAUUCGGAUUACAAGCCAAGGGAGGAUGCGGAACUAUAUUACUUAUGCCAUGACUCUGCUUGAGGAAAAGGGUUCAGAUGAAAUUCUGUUAAAAGCAAUGGGCAGGGCCAUCAACAAAACUGUAACAAUUGUGGAGUUGAUUAAGAGGAGAAUUGUUGGUCUUCACCAAAUCACAGCUAUUCAAUCUACUGACAUAACUGACACGUGGGAACCAUUAGAGGAAGGCCUCCAAACUCUGGAAACUACAAGGAAGGUUUCGGUGGUCUCAAUCACGCUCUCAAAGAAGGAGUUGGAUACAAGAAAUGUUGGGUACCAACCUCCACUACCAGCUGACCAGGUGAAGGUGCCUACAGAAUAUGAAGCAGAGGGAUCACCAACUGCUCGUGGAAGAGGCCGUUUUGGUAGAGAGCGGGGGAGGUAUCGAGCUACACCAGGGAAUGGUUUUGCACCUAUUGAGUACGAGGAUGGAGGUUAUGAUCGGAAUCCUAGAUAUUCCCGGGGUAGGGGACGUGGCAGAGGUAACAAUUUCCGAGGCCGUGGUAGGGGAGGGUACGGUGGCUCUCAGGUGGAUACUCAGCAUGAUGCUGGAGGCUACAAUCAAGAAGCACCUCUUCAGGGCCGAGGUCGUGGCCGUGGGAGGGGAACUCGUGGCCGGGGUCGUGGAUUCAGAUCUAAUGGGCCAAUCUAUGCUACUGCUGGAGAUGCAUAGUGGUUCAAACUUGGAACAAUGAAGGGUAUAAUGUUUUGAAGUUGAUGAAUGUUUGCUUCAUUUCUAUCUUAUACCAUUUCAAAAUGCCAAUAGUAUUAACCAUAGGAAUGUUUUAUCUGUACUCAUCCUCUUUUUUUUUUUUUUUUGUUCCUUUUUUUUUUAAAAUUAAGUUUGCCCCUUUGCUUCUGUAGAAGUUUAUUUUGCUUACUAAUUACAUUCUUUGAUUUUAUCUGU